GUCAUUACAUUUAACGCUACUUUAAAUUUUUAAAAGAAAUUAAAUUAAUAUUCUAUUUAAAUUAACGAGAUAAAUAGUAAUUAAAAUAUUUUUUUGCAUUUAAAUUCACACCCGCAUUCGAUAAUUACUUUUUGGAUAUUAGUUUGAAAGUCAAUUUUGUGAUUCGUUAUUACACUUGUUUUAUACUCCGUGAAAUGGAUUGCAAUUUGUCGGUGCUGCCAACUUCAAGAAGUAGGAAAUCAGAAAUAACUUGUCUCAAAUCCACCAUUUUCCCUUUGUAACUAACCGGUGUUCAAAACACGUGCGUACGAUCAAGUUACAUGGAAAACUUGUGUGAUCUCCGUGCAUAUUAAGUAAAUACUUACGCUAAAAAGUGCGCCGUGUUUCGAUAAACGCGCGUCGUGUAUUAAAACAACAUAAUGAACACCGAAAAGCUAAAGAAGUUGCAGUCACAGGUGCGCAUCGGCGGUAAGGGCACUCCGAGACGCAAGAAAAAGGUUGUUCACGUUACCGCGGCGACAGAUGACAAGAAAUUGCAAUCAUCGCUCAAAAAAUUGUCAGUGAACACUAUUCCUGGCAUCGAGGAGGUGAAUAUGAUAAAAGAUGACGGAACAGUAAUACACUUCAACAACCCGAAAGCGCAGGCAUCCCUCGCGGCCAACACUUUCGCUAUCACUGGUCAUGGAGAGAACAAGCAGAUCGCCGAGAUGCUCCCCGGCAUCCUCAGUCAGCUCGGCCCCGAAGGUCUGAACCAGCUGAAGAGGUUGGCGUCGAGCGUCGCCGCGCCUAAACCACUCGACGAGGACGAUGAGGUCCCUAACCUAGUCGGCAACUUCGACGACGCAUCGAAGCAGGAGGCCAAGGAAGUCAUCACGAACGAGAAAGAGAAGGAAAAGGAAAAGAAACCCGAAUCAGAAACCAAAGCUGCAGAUAAAAAAUCCGAUUAAACUUACAGUCGGUCACAACGGUGUAGUUUUUAAUUUUGCUCACCCAGAGAAAAGGGUUUCCAAAGCCACAGAGGCGUCUCAAAUAGUUCUCAUUUUAUUUUACAUUGUGUUCCUAAAUAAAUGUACUUUGAAUUAUAUCAUUUUCUACAUUUAUUUGUAUGUGUAAAUUGUGAAUGUGUUUUGUUGGUACAGGGACACUUUUUUUUUUAAUUU